UUGGCAUCACUAACUAUGCAGAUUUGUGUCAUUCAGAAUUGUCAUUAUGAUAUAAAUUUGACGUUUCAACUUCGGAUUUAAAAAUGACAAAGGCUAAAGACGACGAUGAUCUUAAAAUUGAUGAUUAUGUUAUUCUUAAAAAUGAUACUGAUAAUAAUACCGUUACUGAUAAUGAUGUGCCAAAAGAAUCAGAUAAGGUUGAUGAGGAACAACCUAUAAAUUUAUCCAAAAUUAAAGAAAAUUGGGCUAUUUAUUUGUCAAUACCGGGUACGCCGGUACCAUCAUGGCCAGAAGAUGUCAUAAUGUUUACACCAGUUAAACAUCACCAGAUGGUUUUGCCAGACUACGCGAACUGCCUAACGGUCAAAACGUAUCUAAAAAUGUGUAACUUGAAAUUCCAAGUUGAAGAACGAGAAAAUGCCGAGUUCAUGUCGCCCACUUUAAAUGUGCCCUUCAUCAAAGUCGAUAAUGUCAUCGUAUCGGAACUGGAUGGAAUCAUCAAUUUUCUUAAUAAUAGAAAUAUUAAAUUGACGGACAGAUUAGACAAAGAACAGAAGAUUAAUUUGAAGGCUUACAUGUCGCUAAUACCGAAUGUUAUACAUUUGUGCGAAUUGUUCGUGUCAUGGGUGGAUAAGGAGACUUACGAAGUCAUUACCAGGCCCAAAUACAGCAGCGUCUUCCCGUGGCCCUUAAACAAACUCCAAACAUCGGCCAAACGUAACCAAGUUUUGAAAAAGCUGGAAACUCAUUAUUGGUCGCAAAAAUCAUUGAGUGACGUUUUAUUAGAAUUUGAAAAUUGUUGUCAAGCCAUCAACGACAGACUGGAAGGAAAAACGCAGUUUUUCGUGGGACAAGAUACCGAAUUAGAUGCCAGCAUUUUCGGACAUAUGUACGCAAUUUUGUCCACAGCUUUACCGGGAAAUCACUUGGAAAACAUCGUCAAAAAGUUUCCGGAUUUGUUGAUUUUUGUAGAAAAAAUGAAAGAAAGAUUUAUCGAAUAAAAAUAAUUCUAUUCAUUCAGUUUUAAUUAAAUUAAAUAUUGGUUUAACAGAAUUUUUAUAAUUUUUUUUGUUA